AGGGCGGGUAGUGCGCAUGCGCCUACUUCAGGGACGGGGGAAGAGGAGCCGAAGCAGAGAUUGUUCCAGAUCGUAGUUCGCCGCCUUGUCUCUUUCCCUGAAGUCAAAAGGAACUAACCGCCAUCGCUGAAGAUGAAUGAGGAAUACGAUGUGAUCGUGCUGGGCACUGGUCUCACGGAAUGCAUUCUUUCUGGUCUAAUGUCUGUGAAAGGAAAGAAGGUCCUACACAUGGAUCGCAACUCUUACUAUGGAGGUGAAAGUGCAUCCAUAACACCACUGGAUGAUCUGUACAAAAGAUUUAACCUCCCUGGUUCACCACCAGAAUCCAUGGGCAGGGGAAGAGAUUGGAAUGUGGACCUGAUACCGAAGUUUCUUAUGGCAAAUGGGCAGCUUGUGAAGAUGCUACUGUAUACUGAAGUCACCCGGUACCUGGACUUUAAGGUCAUUGAAGGCAGCUAUGUUUACAAGAAAUGCAAAAUCUACAAGGUCCCAUCGACUGAAAAAGAAGCCGUAUCAUCCCGUUUGUUAAGCCUUAUGGAAAAAAGUAGGUUUAGAAGAUUUUUGCAGCGUGUAUCUGUUUAUGAUGAAAAUGAUCCCACAACUUGGGAUGGCAUUGACCCUAAGAAAACAACCAUGAAGAAUGUAUAUGAGAAAUUUAGUUUGGGGAACGAUGUCAUUGACUUCACAGGGCAUGCUCUAGCCCUGUAUAGGACUGACGACUACAUUGACCAACCUUGCCUUGAGACAUUAAGCAGAAUUAAGCUCUACAGUGAAUCCCUGGCUCGCUAUGGGAAAAGCCCUUAUCUGUACCCUCUUUAUGGCCUUGGAGAGUUGCCUCAGGGUUUUGCCAGGUUAAGUGCCAUUUAUGGUGGGACCUACAUGUUAAACAAGCCUAUUGAAGAAAUAAUUAUUGAAAAUGGACGAGUAGUUGGAGUCAAGUCUGAGGGAGAGAUUGCCCGCUGUAAGCAGCUAAUCUGUGAUCCUAGUUAUGUGCCUGACCGUGUGAAGAAGAUUGGCCAAGUGAUUCGAGUUAUUUGCAUCAUGAGUCACCCCAUUAAGACCAUAGCAGAUGUAAAUUCCUGUCAGAUUAUUGUUCCCCAAAAUCAGGUCAAUAGAAAGUCUGACAUCUACAUUUGCAUGAUCUCCUACGCACAUAAUGUAGCUGCUCAAGGAAAGUACAUUGCAAUUAUUAGCACAACAGUGGAGACCAAUGAUCCAGAAAGUGAAAUUAAGCCAGCAUUGGAACUUCUGGAGCCUGUGGAACAAAAAUUUGUUUGCAUCAGUGAUAUGUAUGUCCCAACUGACAUGGGAACUGAAAGCCAGAUUUUCAUUUCAAGAACAUACGAUGCAACCACCCACUUUGAGACCACUUGUGAUGACAUUAAAGAUAUUUACAGGAGGAUGAUGGGGGUUGAGUUUGACUUUGAAGAAAUGAAGCGGAAGCAGAAUGAUAUCUUUGGAGAGGAUGAGCAGCAUGAAUCUUCAAAGUAAACCCCCCACCCCCAAGUACCGCACCUCAUUGGCUGAUUCAGUAUGGGUCUCAUUAAGGAAAUGAAUGAGCACUGCAGAAAAGGAAGUUAGUAUUGUGGGUCCUGCUUAUUUUUAAAUCGCGUCUUCAAGAUCCUGACAAGUAUUGCACUGAUUCUAGAUGGAAACCCCAUCAAUUAUCUUUGGCAUCAUGUGUAAAUUUUGCUGAUAUCUAGGGGUAUUGUCCAAAGACAACUUUACUGAUGCCUGAUAGGGUUUUGGAGGUGGCGCAUUGGGGUUGGGGGGAAGCGGCAGGCAUUUGGAAAGCCAGGACGCAAUUCAGAUGCAUUCUUUGCUGUAAACGUGGAAAACUGUAAAAAUGCUAAAUCAAUAUUACAUUUUUGUGGAAGUAUUUACUGCCAUCUGCUUUAAUAUCAGCUCUUACAUUUAAUGGGUUCAAAGUUCAUUUCAUUUGUGUAAUCAACUAACAGUUUAUGAUGGAUUGAUUCUAUGUAGAACUGCAACUUCACAAUAAAAACAUGUAUGUAUACCACUGGCCAUUUAUAAAUAUCAUAGACACUUGUAUAAUUUUUAAUCUUGUUUACAUUUCUGAUGUUUCAGAUAAUUAGCUGACACCAUUUAAGCUUCCUGCAGAUCCAGCUAACUCUGCAGAAGAGUUCAUGGAGGUAACCCUAGGUUUGGUUAAAGAAUACCCUAAUGUAACCUUGGGCAGUGAGUGGAAGUAAACCAAGCUUUUAAACUGAGUUAUAAGCAAUGUAUAUUAGCACCAACUUAAGAAUUUUAGCCAAAUGAAGAACCAAUUUUCAAAGCAGAUGGAUGUGAAUGCCUUCUCCGUCUCUAAUUUGGAAGAAUUGAACCAAAUGCAGUGAAAUGUCUUAAGCCUCGAAGUUCUGUGAUGACCACUUGGCACGAAAUGUCUUCUGUACUGGAAAGUUAGAUGGUCUUCAAAUAAACUGCUGUAUGCAUUUUGAAUCUA